CAGAAGGAGGAGUGCAAUACAGAGAAACCAGAUGGUUUUUUGCAUCACAGCUCACAGAAAAGAGAAUAUGGUCCUGCCAUUUUUUAAAGAAAUAAAGAUAAACAUGAAUGGGACAGCCAUUGAAAAUUUUGUCUGUGUCAUUUAUAAUGUUUCCUUCAUGAACUGCACCUGGCAUGUGGGCAGGACUGCUACAGAAGAUACCCAGUACUUUCUGUACUGGAGGCCCUCGAAGAAAGAAGAUCUCACAGAAUGCCAAAAUUACAUCAAAGAUGAUUGUGGAAGGCACAUAGGUUGUCGAUUCCAAAAUGUGAUAAUAGAAAAUAAGUAUGCUUAUUUCCUGGUAAAUGGGUCUAGAAGUGGACAAAAUAUUCAGUCAUAUGAGAAGAAGAUACUGCUGUACCGAAUUGAAAAACUCACCCCUCCAUUAAAUGUCACAGUGAACUGUACAGAAGCUUCUCAUAGAUGUAGUAUUUGGUGGCAACCACCUCGCACAAGUCAUGUGAACAAAGGAAGUUGUUUCAAAUAUGAAAUUGUCAUAGAAAACAAGGCUGAUGCUGAGAAAAACACCAAAACCACAUCUAAAACAGAAGCAAUCAUUGAAAAUAACUCCUACCUAUAUGAAAGCUUCAGCUCAGAAAAAAGGUACAGCGUCAAAAUCAGAGCAACAGAUGGGGGCCUUUGUUUAGUAAGCCCAGACUGGGGAGAGUGGAGCACCCCUGUGGAGUUUGGCAUGAAUGGGUCGGCCAUUGAAAACUUCUCCUGUGUGAUUUAUAACAUUUUCCUCAUGAACUGCACUUGGCAGGCAGGAAGGCAUGCUCCAGCAGAUACACAGUAUUUUCUCUACUGGCAGAAUUCAAGAGAUGAAGAGGAGAUGGAAUGUGAGCUUUACAUUAAAGAUGAAAAUGGCAGAAAUAUGGGAUGUAUCUUCCAAAAUGUGAGCAUAGGGACUGAAAAAGCUUACUUCCUGGUGAAUGGGUCUAGCAAAGACUCCCUGAUCCAGUUCUAUGAUGAGUACAUUGACCUGUAUAAAAUUGAAAAGCUCAUGCCUCCAUCAGAUAUCACAGUCAACUGUGAUGAAAUGAAAAAUGAUUGCAUUAUUCAAUGGCAACGACCCCAAAUAAGUCAUUCUAACAAAGGCAAGUGUUUUAAAUAUGAAAUCAACAUAAAGUACAAGGAUAAUCCUAAAGGAAAACCCAUAUAUACUUCUAUACAAGAAGGGGUAAAUAGUCACACAUUUCCAAGAUCUAACACAAGAAAGAAGUAUCUCUUGAAAAUGAGAGCAGCUGGCAGUGCCUGCCUUGUGAACCCAGCCUGGGGGGAAUGGAGUGCACCUGUUGAGUUUGGAAAUGAAGAAAUUAUAUAUUCUUCAGUAUGGAUUUUACUUGUGGUAGCAGUUGUGACACCCUUAAUUGCAAUCAUCACAGUUUUGUUCUGCAAAAGGACUGGCUGUUGGAAGGCAGCAUUUCCACAGAUCCCAGGACCAAAACCUGCUUUUUUGACACUGGGUGAUACAAACCUAGAGCUGAUGGAGAACAAAAUUCAGUCAAUAACAUCUGAAAACGAAGAGAUAGUAUUAGUUGCUGACAUUGUGAGAUAACCAAGAAAAAUGGAGGGGCCUGAAAGUGCAUUUCUUAGACAACUCUAUAUUCCUGUGGAAAGUCUGGAAUAAUACAUUGGCUGUCUCCACUUUCUUCUUUUUCUUGUAUAGAAACAGUGAUGCAACCAAGAGAGAAUGAUAUCUCACAUGCAAUCUUUCUAAAUGCCAUUGUAUUUGCUUAUAGCUUUGGCUAAUUUUAACUGUUUGGGUAAGCUGUCCCUAUUGGAUAUCUUCUGUUUUGUAAAUAAUAUGGAAAUAUUUCAUUCAAGAAGUUUUAUUUAUAUUUUGAUCUUAAGGAAAAAUGAUUGGUUUUCUGUCUCAUAUUAAAAAUAUUAAUAAUUAAUUUAUUGAGAUGAAUACAAUUUAAAAAAUUC